AUGGAUCUUGUGCUGAGGAGGCAGUCUGUUCUGGACGUGCUGCUCGGCCCGCCAUUUAAAGUCCUCACGCCCCUUCCUGAUUUGUUGUUUAGAGAUGAUGAUUACAUCAUCUCCAACCUGGACUCCGAAUCUGUCAAGCGCGCCCUCAACGGCUGGGAGGACAAAAGUCCCGCAAAGUGGGGCCAGUGGGCUCUUCUUGUGAGGGGGGCCACCGGCCAGAACAUCGAAUCCACAACCAAGUCCUUACUGAGUAUAAUGAUGGUCCUCCGGCAGACACUGCAUUCUGGCAAGUGUCGUAAUGGCAAAAUCCAAGACACGAGUUUGCGAUUUAUCCUGCUUCCGGAUGACGUUGCAAACGUCUCAACUGCUGAGGAGAAACUGAAUCGGCUUGCAGCAGUGCUUGAUGCGCGAAAGGCGGCAACAGAGCGCAGGCUGCUUGCAAAUCUGCGAUUGCCAAAUACGUUGGUGCCCCCUGUGCUCUACGUAACUGGCAUAAAUGAAGCACCGCUAACAUAG